AAGUGUGCAGCAGAUCUUCUUCCGGGCGGACGUGGAGCCGGAAGCAGAGGUUCCGGCCUCCGGGAUGAAAGGAGGGAACGCAGGUGAGAAAGCGAGACAGGCAGGUAGGGAAACCGUGAAGUGAGCGUGGUCCUAGCUCCGUGUGGCAGAGCCUGGAGAGAAGGCGAGGACGUUGAAGAACCAGACGGACAGCUGGCAGAGAGAGAAGUUGGUUAGCAUGGAAUCACCAGAGGAGCCUGGAGCAUCCAUGGAUGAGAACUACUUUGUGAACUACACUUUCAAAGAUCGGUCACACUCAGGCCGUGUGGCUCAAGGCAUCAUGAAACUGUGUCUAGAGGAGGAGCUCUUUGCUGAUGUCACCAUUUCGGUGGAAGGCCGGGAGUUUCAGCUCCAUCGGCUGGUCCUCUCAGCUCAGAGCUGCUUCUUCCGAUCCAUGUUCACUUCCAACCUGAAGGAGGCCCACAACCGGGUGAUUGUGCUGCAGGAUGUCAGUGAGUCUGUUUUCCAGCUCCUGGUUGAUUAUAUCUACCAUGGGACUGUGAAACUUCGAGCUGAGGAGUUGCAGGAAAUUUAUGAGGUGUCAGACAUGUAUCAGUUGACAUCUCUCUUUGAGGAAUGCUCUCGGUUUUUGGCCCGCACAGUGCAAGUGGGAAACUGCCUUCAGGUGAUGUGGCUGGCAGAUCGGCACAGUGAUCCUGAGCUCUAUACUGCUGCCAAACACUGUGCCAAGACCCACCUGGCCCAGCUGCAGAAUACAGAGGAAUUUCUCCACUUGCCUCACCACCUACUCACAGAUAUCAUCUCGGAUGGAGUUCCAUGUUCUCAGAACCCAACAGAGGCAAUAGAAGCCUGGAUUAACUUUAAUAAAGAGGAAAGAGAGGCUUUUGCAGAGUCACUCAGGACAAGCUUGAAGGAAAUUGGGGAGAAUGUGCACAUUUACCUGAUUGGGAAAGAGUCAUCUCGUACCCACUCGUUGGCUGUGUCCUUGCACUGUGCAGAAGAUGACUCCAUCAGUGUAAGUGGCCAAAACAGCUUGUGCCACCAGAUCACUGCGGCCUGCAAGCAUGGUGGAGACUUGUAUGUGGUGGGAGGGUCCAUCCCACGGCGCAUGUGGAAGUGCAACAAUGCCACUGUUGACUGGGAGUGGUGUGCUCCUUUGCCUCGGGACCGGCUCCAGCACACCCUGGUGUCUGUGCCCGGGAAAGAUGCCAUAUAUUCACUGGGUGGCAAGACAUUACAAGAUACCCUCUCCAAUGCAGUCAUUUAUUAUCGCGUAGGUGAUAAUGUGUGGACAGAGACAACCCAGCUAGAGGUGGCUGUGUCAGGGGCUGCUGGUGCCAACCUCAAUGGGAUCAUCUACUUACUGGGGGGGGAGGAGAAUGAUCUGGACUUCUUUACCAAACCUUCCCGACUCAUCCAGUGCUUUGACACAGAGACAGACAAAUGCCAUGUGAAGCCCUAUGUGCUGCCCUUUGCAGGCCACAUGCACGCAGCUGUGCAUAAAGAUCUGGUGUUCAUCGUGGCUGAAGGGGACUCCCUGGUAUGUUACAAUCCCUUGCUAGACAGCUUCACCCGGCUUUGCCUUCCUGAGGCCUGGAGCUCUGCCCCAUCCCUCUGGAAGAUUGCCAGCUGUAACGGGAACAUCUAUGUCUUCCGAGACCGAUAUAAAAAGGGGGAUGCCAACACCUACAAGCUUGACCCUGCCACUUCAGCCGUAACUGUCACAAGAGGUAUUAAGGUGCUGCUUACCAAUUUGCAGUUUGUGUUGGCCUAAGGCUGUGGGGAGGGGAGGAGAGCUGCUCACUCCUUUUCCCUCCCCAUCCAAACCCAAAGUCCCCCGGGCCCCAAUUCAGAGUAAUGUAUUUUUUGGCACAUACUAGAAAGGCAGUGCCUCAGCCCUUCCCUGAACCCAUGGAGGUGUUCUGUUUGGGGCUUUUUAGACUGCUGCUGCUCAGCUGGUUGCUUGAACUGACAGUAGGCCAACCUGUUCUCUGCCACCACCUAGUCAUUGUGUGCCUCACCACAGCUUGCUUUAAGUAAGCUGUUUCUCAGACCUUAGGCACAGCCUCUCCUCUUUACCUGAUCAAUGUUAAAUAUAAGCACCCCUGAUCCCAGGACAUAAGGAAAGAUGCCCAAUUGUACUUUUGUUCUAUAGCCUAUGAAAUGGCUAGUUGAUCAUUUUUCCACAAAGAAUUAGGUGUUAAGAGUUUUCCUUCAGGCUUAACUUAGGAGAAUGGACUAAGCUGAAGGUGCACUUCACCAGCAAGAGUCAACUCUAGAAUUCAGGACGUUCCUUCUAUUGUUUUCUCAUCCAUCUGUCAGGAAAUGUAACUUUGGUUUUAUUUUUGGCUUAUUCCAAGGGAUAAGCCAGAAAAUAGAAAUGAUUAUUUCUGAUUAAUAGCAGAAACUUUUUCAAGCUCAAAUAUAUAAGGUGUCUGCUCUUUUAAAAGCUCUAAGCUAAGUCAAGAGCUAGGAAGUGUUGAUACAAAUAAAAGUUUUUGAAGGGA